GAGCGGUGGCGGCGGCGGGAGGCGUCCCUCCGGGCCGCGCGGGCAGGACGGAGCCAGCUCGAGACUUUCGGCGCCGGGCUUCUGCGCGCCUGCGCCCGAGGCCAGCCGGCGGGGCCUGCGGCUGCGAAGCAGGUUUCAAGCAGACAGCUUCUUAUUGAUUGUCAGCAGUCAGCUCUGUCUGGAGAGGAAGCUGCAUCCAGCCUCUGGACAACAAGCUGAGGAAUUUGUUUCCUGUGCAUGGGGAUCUUGUCCUGUGAAGACAUUUCCCAAGUGCCUCAUGCCAGUUAGCAAAUCUGACCAACGAGGUCUGGAAAGAGAAGAUUGUUAGGUUGUGGAGGAGUGGUCUCAUCCAGCACAGUUUUUUCUGGACUGACCGUGGGACCUGAGGUGGAAUUGGGGUGGACUUGGCUUCCAUGGCACGCCAGCUACAGAUACGACUUUUGACAUGGGAUGUAAAGGACACACUGGUCAGGGUCUGCCGCCCUGUGGGGGAGGAAUAUGCCAACAAGGCACGGGCCCAUGGGCUACAAGUGGAAGCCACCGCCUUGGGACAAGCCUUUGGGCAGGCGUACAGGGCUCAGAGCCACAGCUUCCCCAACUAUGGCCUGAACCGUGGCCUCACCUCCCGCCAGUGGUGGCUGGAUGUUGUUCUACAGACCUUCCGCCUGGCAGGUGUCCAGGAUACCCAGGCUGUAGCCCCCAUUGCCAAACAGCUAUAUGAGGACUUCAGCAGCCCCAGCACCUGGCAGGUGUUGGAGGGGGCUGAGAACACUCUGAGGGAGUGCCGCAGGCGGGGGCUGAAGCUGGCAGUGAUCUCCAACUUUGACCGUCGACUAGAGGACAUCCUAGUAGGUCUUGGCCUGCGGGAACACUUUGACUUUGUGCUGACCUCUGAGGCUGCUGGCUGGCCCAAGCCAGAUCCCCGCAUUUUCCAUAAGGCCUUGCGGCUUGCUCACGUGGAGCCAGCAGUGGCAGCCCACGUUGGGGACAGCUACCGCUGUGACUAUCAGGGGGCUCGUGCUGCAGGCAUGCACAGCUUCCUUGUGGUCGGCCCAGAACCCCUGGACCCCAUAGUCAGGGAUUCUAUACCUAAAGAACACAUCCUGCCCUCUCUGUCCCAUCUUCUGCCUGCCCUUGACAGCCUGGAGGGCACAACCCCAGGGCUUUGAGUUUGGUGAGGAAAGUGGCUGGGGUCUAGGCCACGGAGAAAACCUUAAGGAAACACUGGAGACAGAGAGUCUUUUCUUUCCCCACAGCUCUGGACUUUGUGCCUCUCUCUGCAGCCUCUAUCACCUGUUGUGAGGGCUAGGCUUUUGGCUUUGCCCCACUGACCGGCUCCCGUCUCUGAGUUCAUUCAUUUUCAUUCAUAUCUGUAUCCAUUUUCCUCUGUGGGUCCCCUUCACAUCCAGCAAGACUCACCGAGGGCCCAACCAGCUUCAAAACCAAGUACUUCUAAACGCUAUCAUGGGUGAUCCGAAACCUUAUUAUCCAAAAUGGAAAAAAAAACCUCCAAGAAACUGCUAGAGUUAAAGCAGAGGUCCUAUGAACUCUCAUUCAGCCUCUGAAACAGUCUCCCCAUGGAAACUUGAGGUCAGAGCUUAGUUUAAAAAUCAGUGCCAGUGAGGCUGGGCCUGGUGGUUCAUGCCUGUAAUCCUAGCACUCUAAGAGA